UUCCGUAUAAGUAACGGUUAUUCAUUACCUUUUUCGCUCUACAUGCAUCUCUAGUUGUCAAAAACUGUCGUAUUUGCAAUCGGUAGAAGAGAAGAAUCAAAAUGGCAUUUGGCGAUUAUCCAGCGGAAUAUAACCCAAAGGUUCAUGGACCAUACGAUCCAGCACGUUACUAUGGCAAAGCUGAUGUACCAUUCGGCCAGGUUAAGGUUGGUGAAAUUGGCGCAUGGUUGAGCCGUCGCAGCAAGUCACCCCAAGCUAUCGCAGGUGCUUUCAGCCGUGCCUGGUGGCGCUGGCAGCACAAGUAUGUGCAGCCAAAGCGUGCUGGUGUUGCACCAUUUUUCCAAAUUACUUUGGCUGCCAUGACUUUCUUCUACGCUAUCAACUACGGCAAGAUGCGCCACCACAGAAACUACAAAUACCAUUAAACUAUUUAAGUCAUUGGUUCAUUCUCGGUCGCCGGAGACCCUAUAUUUAGUAGUCACUCGUUGCUUGGAUCGAGGGUCAAGCAAUGGAAUAAUAAAUAAAUGAAAUAUGUUAUUUGUGUUAAGCAUUUUACUAUACUAGUGAUCAUACUGAAAUUUCGAAAUGAAAGGAAAAUAAACCACGAAAUUAUCCAAUGCAUGAAUUUA